CCCUUGCGCAAAAGGUUUGAAAUUUCUCCUUUUGAAGAGAAAAGAAAGCAAAAAAACACGAACCCCACUUCGAAAUUCGAGCUUAGAAUCCCUCCAAAGAUCCCAAGUUGCAAGAAACUGGAAAGAGAGAAGACUUUUCACCGGUUUUUAGAGAGAGAGAACUUCUUCUUUUUCUUCUUCUUCGUGGGGUUUCGAGGUUGGAGAUAGAAUAGUUUUUCCUGAUUUUCCGAGAGGAAAAGAUAGAAGGGAGAAAGAAUGAGCAAUUGGCUGGGGUUCUCUCUGACUCCGCACCUGAAAAUCAACGAAGAAAUCUGCAGAGAAGGCCAAGCAGGAGGAGGAGGUGGCGGUGGGGCUGGCGGUGGCGGUGGCGGUGGCGGCGGCGGUGGCGGUGACGGUGGCUUUCCUCCUGAUAUUACCGUCAUGCCACUGCGCUCCGAUGGCUCCCUCUGUGUUCUUGAUCCUCAUUUCCGGCGUCCUCAUGGCAGUGAAGAAUGGAGCUAUGAGAAUGCCAAUGAUGGGGAAGAUCAUCGAGGCCCGAAGCUUGAAGACUUCUUGGGAUGUUGCUACUCAGGCUCUCCUCACGGCGAUGAUGAGCCCCAAAAUCAGAACCACCAAGCCACAAGCUCAGCUUGUGCGGGGAUCAAUGUGAACGUAGCUCCGAGCUGCUUUAACCACGUCAACCAUCCAGAUCAUCCCCAUCAAUGUUACAUUGAGAACUCGCAAUCCGUAAUAGUUCCAUCUGCUAAUCAUGACAGCAACAACCACGGAUGUGAUGUCGAUGAUCGCAUGUACCUCCACCAAGAACAUGUCCCGUUUGAUGGUGGUGCGAGUGCAACGACUUGUUCAGUUUCUGGGUUCAAGACAUGGUUGCGUCAAGCGAAUGGGACUACUACAAGUAGCAGUGGUGGCAGCCUCUCUCUCACCAUGAUGAGCCCUAGCUCUCAAAGUGACAACAACAACAUCAACAGCAAUGUGGGUGUUGGUGCACCGAUUUCUCAGGCACCACUAGUUGGUGACGGUAGCAUCGCCAAGAGGGCAUCAUUUUCGAGCAGCAACAACAGCAACAAGUGUAUCCUUCCUCGUAAGUCUAUUGACACGUUUGGGCAAAGGACCUCUCAGUAUCGAGGUGUCACUAGACAUAGGUGGACGGGGAGAUAUGAGGCUCAUCUGUGGGAUAACAGCUGCAGGAAAGAAGGCCAAACCAGAAAAGGGAGGCAAGUGUAUCUAGGUGGGUAUGAUAAGGAAGAAAAGGCAGCGAGGGCUUAUGAUUUGGCUGCACUAAAGUAUUGGGGUCCAACUACCCACAUAAACUUCCCGCUGAGCAUUUAUGAGAAAGAACUUGAGGAAAUGAAGAACAUGACCCGGCAAGAAUUUGUUGCUCACUUAAGAAGGAAAAGCAGUGGAUUUUCAAGAGGAGCAUCUGUAUACAGAGGAGUGACCAGACACCAUCAGCAUGGACGGUGGCAAGCUAGAAUCGGAAGAGUUGCUGGUAACAAGGACUUGUACCUCGGCACAUUCAGUACCCAAGAGGAAGCCGCAGAAGCCUAUGACAUCGCAGCCAUCAAAUUUAGGGGAACGAAUGCGGUCACAAACUUCGAUAUUAACCGUUACGACGUAAAGAGAAUUUGCUCAAGCUCCACUCUAAUAGCAAGCGAUCUCGCUAAACGCUCCCCGAAAGAGGCUACACCGGCCCUUCUCGAUCACGACUACAACUCGUGUGCCUCCUCAUCGUCUCCGCGAGCACUUCUUGCGAUAACCAAUGGCGAGACAUCUGAGGAUUUUACCAACAUGGUGUGGAGUUCCAACAUGCCCGAAAGUCAAGAUCCUCCAACGAUCGCAAACACUACCAACGGCGAUGCCUUGAUAAUGGGCUCGAGCAAUCAUCAAGAAUCGCCAAGUGCCGGUGAUUUUGGCGGCGGCGAAGAUUACUCUCAUGCGUAUUUCUCAAUGCAGGAUCAGAAAUAUGAAGAUGGAAGCAAUGAAAGCGAUCAUAACGGGACCAAUAGGUUGGGAAAUUUGAGCUUGGUUCAUCAAGUUCCUAUGUUUGCAUUGUGGAAUGAGUAAAGUGGGGGCUCAUUAAUGAUUUCAGUACGCAGAAACUUGUUCAAAUCAAAGGACUUGGUGGAAGCUGGAAGGUAGAGAAUGUCCAGAAAGGAUUUGUUUCUACUAGUAGUUUGGACUUUAAAUGGUCAAGAAUUUCAUGCUAUCUACAACAAAGCUGCAUUCACAUGUCGUAUCGAAGUUGGCCAACAGUAUACCUUGACUCGGCAAAAUAAUAGUUUAUACAUCGAAAUGGGCAUAUGAUUAUGCACAUGAUUCGUAUAUGUAUGCAUCAUCUAUGGUGGAUUCUCGUGUUUGUCCUCACGAUCUUUAAAUGGAUUUCCUCGGAACAACGUACAUGCACUUAUUGCCA